UUUGAAAUGUGCGCUCGCUCCCGCGGUUGUCGCAGUGCACGACAGUGAUGACGCGCCGGCGCUGUCAUACUAACAACAGUCCAGGAAAGAAGCGAAAGUCGCAUCGGCGGAGCUCAACAUACUUUGGUUACUGUGAUACAAGCAGAUCUUCAUAACUGUUAUGGAAAACACAUGCCUCUUCUGAUCUUCUGCCAUUUGCAAUGUCCAGAGGACCAUGAGCCCACCCAGCUCCAUUCUACAGUAUGAGCCUCCGAACAAUAGGGGGCGCUGUGCCCAGCUCCCUGGGACCUAGUCUGGCAUCUCAGGCUGGAGGAUCCUGGAGCUUUCUAUCCUUGAGGCCCAUACCCUCCUUACUCCAGACCAUGGUACCUUCUGGUUACACUGCUCUACAGGAGGAACAGCUGGCCAUGGUGGACCUCAGCACGCCCAAGCCAGAGAACCUCAAGAACGGCUUCCAUCGUGAACCUCGCCGCCACUCGGACCGCAGCGGCCGGACAUCCGUCAGCCUAUCCGAUGCUGGAGACGACCGCUAUGCGGAGACUGAACUCAUGCUGCCCGAUGGCAGGCUUUCAGGAGAAGAGGCGGAUGAGGAAGAGGAGAGCGAGGAGGAAGGGCAGCAGUUGGCCACCAGGAACAUGCCCAAAGAGUCGCCCCUCGCCAUGGCACUGCAGAUACUGGUGCCCUUCCUCCUAGCUGGGUUUGGAACGGUGUCGGCCGGAGUGGUACUGGAUAUAGUGCAGCAUUGGGAAGCAUUUAAGAACAUUACAGAGAUCUUCAUCCUGGUUCCUGCUCUCCUGGGCUUGAAAGGAAACCUGGAGAUGACUCUGGCAUCCAGACUUUCCACAGCAGUGAAUGUGGGGAAAAUGGACUCGCCCAUAGAGAAGUGGAAUCUCAUUAUUGGAAACUUGGCACUGAAACAAGUGCAGGCCACAGUUAUUGGGUUCCUGGCGGCUGUAGCAGCUGUCGUAUUGGGCUGGAUUCCUGAAGGAAAGUUCCAGUUCAAUCACGCAGCGCUGCUCUGUUCCAGUAGUGUAGCCACAGCCUUCAUAGCAUCUGUACUACAGGGUAUAAUAAUGGUGGGUGUGAUCGUGGGUUCCAAGAAGACGGGUAUCAACCCUGAUAACGUAGCCACGCCCAUUGCUGCCAGCUUUGGUGACCUCAUCACACUGGCCAUUCUGGCAUGGAUCAGCCAGGGCCUCUACAACUGCCUGGACUCACACCCAUACGUGUCAUCUCUGGUGUGUGCCGCCUUCAUGUGUCUGACUCCAUUGUGGAUGGUCAUCUCUUCCAAACAUCCAGCCAGUCGACAGCUGCUUUACUCAGGCUGGGAGCCUGUUAUAACUGCCAUGUUCAUCAGCAGUAUCGGAGGACUCAUCCUGGACAAAACUGUGUCUGAUCCCAACCUAGCUGGGAUUGUGGUUUACACGCCAGUUAUAAAUGGUAUCGGGGGAAACCUGGUGGCCAUCCAGUCCAGUCGGAUCUCUACCCAUCUGCACAUUCACAGCACCCCUGGAGAGGUGCCCGAUGAGUCCAAGGGCUGGUACUGUCCCUGCCGCACCUUCUGUGGCACAGGAGCCAAUCACAGGUCAGCACAGGUGCUGCUGUUGUUGGUCAUUCCUGGUCAUCUGAUCUUCCUUUACACCAUUGACCUGAUGGAGAGGGGUCACACCACCCUGACACCAGUCUUCAUGGCCGUGUAUUUGGCUGCUGCUCUUUUCCAAGUGUUCUUGUUACUUUGCAUAGCGGACUGGAUGGUUCACUCCAUGUGGAAAAGUGGAAAGGAUCCGGAUAGUUUCUCCAUUCCGUAUCUAACAGCAUUGGGGGAUCUUUUGGGCACCGCUCUUCUGGCUCUCAGCUUCCACUUCCUGUGGAUCAUAGGGGACCAGGACAGCGAUGUGGGGGACUAAAGGUGUCCUUCACAUCUGACCUUUGACCCACGGAUCAAUCUAUUCCAUACCUGCUGGCCUCAACUCAGCAUAGGCCUUUUAUGGCUGCUGUCAGACCAAAUGGAUGCUAUUUUUCUGCCCUGAUUGGGUGACUUCCUUACAGUGUACUUCACAGCCGUGAGGGCAACAAAGCAAAUGUAGCAUUUUUAUGACAGUUUUUGUUAUACUUCUUCAAGUGCCAGAUGAUUUAUAAGAAGCAUUGAGAGAUUCAGCACUUUGUUGGAUGCCAUAUUUUUUUUUUAGGGUGUAUAGUUGUUGAAGAUUGACCAUCUCUAUCGGCUUAACAGGGUGAUUGUAUGUGCAACUGAUUGGGGGCGGUACGAAAAGCAUUGCAUUGUAAACGCCCACUCCUACACAAACACAUUUCUCUAUAUCGAUACUAUGUUACAAUGGAAGAACCAAAAACAUUCCCUUUAAAUAAAGCUAAGUAAGAUUGUCAUGGUGAUUGUUCCUAUUAUUUAUUUUUCCUUUGUCUUUUUGUCCUGUCUCCUACCCUCUUUGUUUUACCCAUAAGCUCUUUUGAGAUGGGCGUACACUUUGAGGCCAACUGGCACAAUUUUCACCAGUUAUCCAAUCAGAUCUCUUCAACAUAUACUGUUAAAAGUAUAGUUGCACAAAUUUCACCCAGCCAGUGUCAGGUCAAUUCGCAAAGCCUCUGUAAUGCAGUCUGAAGACUUUAAAAGUAUUACUUGUUAUUGCUUAAUAGCUUAGAAUAAUAAACGAGUAUACUCUUUAAACUGCUUGUUUAAAGAUCUGAAUCUUUAACAACCCAAAAUGGCUUUCUUUUUGUGUAACCAAAAAUAUCUGUGCAUUUUAUGUUCUGAAUGCAACUCAAACUGAAAUGGGAUGAAUGUGCCACAAAACAGCUCAUCUAUAUUUCUUGUAUGUGUAAACGUUUUUUGUAUGUUCUAAGGUGCCAUCAAAAGGGAUUGUCUGUGGACACAAAAAAAAAAAAAAGGGUCUCUACUGGCACCAAUGGAAGAUUCUUGGUUUACUUUUGUGUCAUGCUUUUUUGGAUACUCAAAAAUGUUUUUAAUAAAGGUUUAUUAAAAGUUUGUCCAAUAUCUGAGACUCUGAUAAUAAUGAUUUUCCCCGAGCAUAUACCUCUGACUCCUGAGGAUACACAUCCUAAAUCAGUUGUGUCAAGUUUACUUACCUGUUUAUGAUGUCUUGCCAACUGCAAGGAUGCAAAAAAGCCUCUUGUGCUUUAGUUUUAUGAGAAAGCUGUUUGUGUUAGCCCAAUUUAAAUAUAUAGUUCCUUUAACUUAAGAUCGAACAAAGGGAACAUUUGGUCUUUGCUUGCUGUGUGAGAUUGAGAGCCAUAAAACAUGAACCAUAAAACAAAGGGUUUUUUAUUUGAGUGCCGCCAAAAAUACAGUUCAAGCACAUCAAAGAGUUUUAAAAUUUGCACAUAAAAGUUUAUACCCUACAUGUCAGCAAUUUUGUCAAACUGGGCUUUUUAAAUACUCAAAAAUAGAUAUUAAAUAUUCAUAGUGAAUGCAUUUUAUUGGCCUUUCACACAUUAGCAUGAUUUGUGGGUUUACGUGUAUUUUAUUGACUUUUAUAUAGUCUAUUAUCGACUUUUAAAUGUGACAAGGGUUUGCACAUUUAAGUGUGUGGGCUAGUUUUGUGUUUACAUUGAUUGAUUUUGUUUUGAGUCAUCACUUAUCAGUUUGUUUUUUGUUGACAUGUAGUAUAUUCUUGCCGACAGUCUAAAACAAAAGACCCCUAUGUGUGUUUGAGUGUUCGAGAGUCUAGACAGACCACAUUAAUGAGGACUGUUGAACUCUGCUGUCUUCGGGGUUUAAUGGUUUUUUUUGAGCAGUAUACAUAUUGGGAGCCCUGAAAUUUGAGACUGCUCAUAAAUGGCCCCCAUAUUAUGCCAAUGGGACCAAGCUCUUACAUUUUAGCACCCCAUUAAAGCAGACCCAGAAUGAAAUCUUUUUGCAGGCACACUGCCAAUGCACAGUACUGUACCAUGAACCCACAUGUUCACCACUAACAACAAACAGCUCAAAUCAAGCCCUUCUGGGUUGCUGCUGUCAAAACUGACUUAGGUUUUAUGGGAUUGUCUUAUUCUAGGUUGGAAAAUCCAGAUAAAGCCAUCUUAAGGUGGUAGCUGGUUUUACAAGGUUUCUAGCUGGUCUAGAUCAAAUGAAGCCCCCCGUCAGUUUGCUUGGAAAAAUGUCUUAUUACAGAAGUAAAACAGGUUGUGAACGCUGUUUUAAGUCGACUAUAAAUAGCUCUAAAUUGUCUUGACAGCUCAGUGAUAUUUUAACUUGAUUGAUGUUUUCUUCAUCCUCUUUGUUUUAAUAUUCAAGUGUGAGAGUGAAAGAUGCUUUCCAGUUUAGAAGAAAGAUGUCAGUGGUUGUCAUCUUCUGUCAUGCUUAGACCACCAACAGAGAGAGAGAGAGAGUGGUUUCUGCCAUUCAGGUGUGAAAUUCCUAACA